AUGUUCAAGAAUUACCACAUUGAUGGGAACAAAGAAAUGAUUGCCAUUGGGAUGAUGAACAUUGCUGGUUCUUGCACUUCUUGCUACCUCACCACAGGAUGCAAGAUGGCAAUGUCAAACGUUGUCAUGGCAAUUGCGGUUAUGUUCACAUUGUUGUUCCUCACUCCCAGUGGCGGAUCCAUGCACAGGGCAGGAUGGGUGCCUGCCCAUCCCAAAACUAUGAAGCCGCAAUUCUCCUCUCGAAGGUUGACACGUUUGACUUUGUUCUGCAUGAGUGCCUGUAUCGGUGUCGUUUUUGGCAGCGUUGAAAUCGGCCUAGUCUUAGUGGUUGCAAUAUCUACUUUCGUUUGUGGCAGUUUUGUUCAAGGAAACCUUUAUAUGGUUUACAGAAAUGUUGAGCAGUAUCCCAAUGCAAGCAAUGUUCCUGGAAUUCUCAUACUUGAGAUUGAUGCUCCCAUUUACUUUGCAAAUACCAACUACUUAAGAGAAAGGAUUACAAGGUGGAUAAAUGAUGAGGAAGAUGGGACCAAAUCUGCAGGGGAAAGUAGCUUGCAAUAUGUGAUAUUGGAUAUGACUGCUGUUGGUAACAUAGACACAAGUGGGAUAAGCAUGUUUGAAGUGGUCAAAAAGCUUGUUGACAGAAGGGGGCUCCAGCUUGUACUGGCGAACCCGGGAAGCGAGGUGAUGAAGAAGAUGAACAAGUCAGAGUUGAUUGAGAAUACAUGUCAAGAAUGGAUUUAUCUCACAGUUGCAGAGGCUGUUGCAGCAUCCAACCUCAUGCUUCACUCCACCAAGCCCAACCCCGGCAAAGAUCAAGAACCAGCUGCAUGGAACAACGUUGAUGGCUUUGGCUGUGAAUUUAUGUAUCAGAAAGCAAUAUCAACAUAA